AUGGGGAAGAAGAGCUUAGGCCGUCAAAAGGUAGAGAUGGUGAAGAUGAAGAACAAUAGCAAUCUCCAAGUGACCUUCUCGAAACGGCGUUCUGGUCUUUUUAAAAAGGCUAGUGAACUCUGCACACUUUGCGGUGUCGAAAUCGGUAUCAUCGUCUUUUCGCCGGGGAAUAAAGUUUUCUCCUUUGGUCAUCCCGAGAUCCGUAAUGCUAUUGAUUGGUAUGUCAACGGCAACCCUCCGGAUAAUUCGAGCACUCUGUAUAUCAUGGACGCUCAUCGUAACGCGCAUGUUCGCGAACUCAACAUGCAGCUUAGUGAGUUGGUGAGCCAAACCGAAGUCGAAAAAAGGCACGGCGAAGAGCUGAGCCAACUGAGAAGAGCAAGCCAGGGGCAGUACUGGUGGGAGGCGCCCGUCGAGGAACUUAGUCUGCCGCUUCUCCAGCAGCUGAAAUCGGCGUUAGAGGAGUUGAAGAAGAAUGUGGCAAAGCAAGUGGAGAAGCUUCGUAUUCAGACCACGAUUUCCCAGCAGUUUUUCAUGGGGAGUUCGAGUACAGGGAUGUUUCCGAAUAACAUCGAUUUCGACCCGAACAUGAUGCCUCAAGGAUACAAUGCUCCUCCUAAUACGAUACCUCCUGGAUUCAACCCCAAUCCCGAAGGAUACAAUCCUUGUCCUCCUGGAUUUGGACAUGCAUUCUUCUAAGUAA